GCCCGACGGCGGCUGGGGAUGGAUGAUCGUCGCUGGCUGCUUCCUUGUGACCAUCUGCACCAGGGCCGUGACCAGAUGCAUCUCCAUUUUCUUUGUGGAGUUCCAGGCAUACUUUGGGCAAGAUUAUGCCAGAACUGCUUGGAUCCACUCCAUUGUCGAUUGUGCUACGAUGCUUUGUGCCCCCCUUGGGAGUUUAAUCAGUAAUCAUGUAUCCUGCCAAGUCGGUAUCAUGCUAGGAGGGCUGCUUGCAUCUACUGGACUAAUUCUGAGCUCAUUCGCCACCAGCCUGGAACAUCUCUACUUGUCAUUAGGAGUCCUCACAGGACUUGGGUUUGCACUUUGUUAUUCUCCAGCCAUUGCGAUGGUGGGCAAAUACUUCAACAAAAGGAAAGCACUGGCCUAUGGAAUAGCCAUGUCAGGAAGUGGAAUUGGUACCUUCAUCCUGGCCCCUGUGGUCCAGCUCUUAAUUGAGCAGUUUUCCUGGAGAGGAGCUUUGCUCAUCCUGGGAGGUUUUGUUUUAAACCUCUGCGUCUGUGGUGCCUUGAUGCGGCCUAUUUCUCUUAAGGAGGAUUGUAAAACUGCUCCUGAGUUUCUUGAACAGAAUUAUGUGCCUGAAACAGAGAAACAAGACUUAAAGCGAAUGUCCAUCUGUUCACCUUUAAUGAAAUUAUGGCCUCAUGAAUGUUUAUGCUACUGCUCAUGGAAGGAAUAUGACUUUUUGCUGAUGCCAGGCUUCAUGGUGCUGGCAGUGUCAAUUUUGUUUAUGGCAUAUGGCUGCAGCCCUCUUUUUGUCUACCUGGUGCCUUAUGCUUUGAGUGUUGGAGUGAGUCAUCACCAGGCUGCCUUCCUCAUGUCCAUACUUGGUGUCAUAGACAUCAUUGGUAAUAUCACCUUUGGAUGGCUCACAGACAGAAGGUGUCUGAAGAAGCAUCGGUACUUCUGCUACCUCUUUGCUGUGGGAAUGGAUGGCCUCUGUUGUCUUUUCCUGCCAGUUCUCCAAAGCUUCCCCUUGCUUGUGCCUUUCUCAUUUACCUUUGGCUACUUUGAUGGAGCCUAUGUAACGCUGAUCCCUGUCAUGACAGCAGAUGUAGUGGGAACUUCUUUGUUAUCAUCAGCACUGGGUGUUGUGUAUUUUCUCCAUGCCAUUCCAUAUCUAGUGAGCCCACCUGUGGCAGGUUGGCUUGUGGACACAACUGGCAGCUAUACUGCAUCAUUUCUCCUGUGUGGAUUUUCUAUGAUAUUUAGUUCAGCACUGUUGUGCUUUGCAAGACUAGCAAAGAAAAUCAAAAGAACACAUUUGCGGUCACUCACUGGUAGCACGGCCUUGAAACAGCACAUCUGGACAAAUGGGGCAAUAGCUUAUUCUGUGACAGCAGAAUUAGACCAAAGGGAUGUUGAAUUUUUGGCUGUGGAUACAAAUAGCUUCAGCAACAGCCCUGAUGGACACAAGCAUUGAUGGAUAUGAGCUUGGCUGGAGCACUGCACUGCUGAGCCUGUCUGGCUUCCCAGGACAGCGUGGUGGGAUUUGACUUGGGGUAUCAUCUGACACAGAUUCUACCUCAAAUGGAUUCUACCUGGGAUUAUGCUCUGUUCUGUGCAGUGGAUAGAAAUUCAAUGUGAGUAAGUAAAAUAGCUUACAGCUGCUGAAGUUAUCCCAUAUGUCUCCAUUCCAUGAGGUUAGAAAUGGGAAAAUAAUAAUUCUUUUGAAAUUAUUUAUAUUCUAGUGAUAAUCUGGAAUAUUUAAUAAAUAGUGCCUUGGAAAGUUGUGUGAAAAUAACAUUGGAAAAGUCAAGUACCUUCUGUUGAAAAAUGACUCUUUUUCAGAAAAAACAUUCCUUAAACAUUCCUGUCAGAUUGAAUAAUAAUUUAUCUCCUGAAAGACAAAGUCUGUGUUACUAUAUGGUGAAUGUAUUUUAUAUUGCUACAACAAUGCCUUGUUUUCUUUCUAAAAUGUUACAAAUGUACAUGAGAAGGAAGAGCUUGUUUAACUUAAACUGUAACACUACUUCAUGGUGAGCAUAUCAAAGUCCUUUGUGGGGUUUGCCUCAAUAAAUAAUACCUUAUUUUUAG